AUGUUUGCAAUUCUGUUUGCAUUGCCGAUAUGUAUUCUGUUGGAUUUGGGGAAGUUAAUUGUGGGAUUCUUCUGGUUAAUAUUGAGGACAGUGUUGGGAAUACCAGAGCCAGUGGAAGAAAGACAACCGACAGUGACCAAGCAAAGAGUGUUCAAGUUUAGAGCAGUAUGUAGACUAGCAAUAACAGAAGAAAACAAGUUAUAUUUUAGAUUAGUUAGACCAAGAAGAUGCUUCAUGUUGGGAGAAAGAUUAAAGAUAUUCAAGAGGAUAUGUUACGCAGAAAAUAUGUAUUUUGUACACAACCUGAACAAACUAAUGAUUGACUCUAACAGAAAAUACGGAUCAGAGUCAGACACAUCAUCGGAUGAAGAAUCAGUAGGAUCAUUAAUGCAAAUAAGAGAAAGUUUGGAAAAAUCAUUUUCGAACCAAUACCUGGAUGACUCUGACACAUUGCCCGAGUCAGACAUUGAAACAAUAAACAGAAAUGAAAUAACAUCAGAGGAUGAUUUGGAAGAUUUGAGAACAUUUUCAAUGAACCCAUUUGAUCUGGACGAAAGCGAUGAAGAAAUAUUGAACAUGAUGAGAAAAUCAUACGACUCGGCAGAAAAUGUAGAAGAAGCAGUCAGAAAAGUAAAGAAGAAAAAAGGAAAAAUAGCAAACUACAUAUCAGGAAUAUAUUCUAAAAGAAUGGCAAGGAAAGGGAAAUAUGUCGAUGAACAACAUUUAUCAGAUUAUGAACAGGAUUCAGAUGAAAACAUAGAAACAGGUAACAAAAUCGGAGUGAUUGGAAUGUUAAAGAAGGUCAAGGACCAAAUAGUCAUGGCAAAUUAUAAAAUCAACCUCUACAACAUGAGAUUUGAAAAGUUCUUGAACAUGUUCUCAUGGAAAAAUUAUUCUGUAACAACAAUUGUACUAUUUCUGCUCAUACUAAUCAUUAUGAUUAACCUGUUCUUCAGCAUAGAAAUCAUAAUGCUGGCGUAUAUACUAUACCAGUUCAAGGCAGGAUAUAAGAGAGGAACAUGGGAAAGGAUGGUUUUGAGUACAACAAAGAGACAUAUAAGUAAAGCAAUUGUGGAACUUGAGAUUUUCAGACCAUUCUGGGACUUAUCGACACAUCAGAUUCAGGUCCUAUCAAACAGAAUCAAAGCCUUCUCCUCAAUAGAGCUGGAAAUCAACACAAUUAGAGAGGCCAAAGAUGAAACACACCUGGCAUAUAUCAUAUCAGACCAAUUAAUCAACGGGAAAUUUGCAAGAAAUUGGAAACGAUACAGAUGGAUCAACAACCUAUUCAGACAAGCACCAUGCAAACAAUAUUAA